AUUUAAUAAUGAGGCAUGAUCGCCAAUAUCACACACAGCCACCAAAAUGCCGGAAAUGACAGAAGAAGAGAAGAGGAAGAUGGAGGAGAAAGAAAGGAAAAAGCCGAGGUUCGACGAAGGCUCGAGGAGGCUUCUAAGGCCAAAAAAGGCGGCGGUGAGAAGAAGGGCUUCAUGACACCCGAAAGGAAGAAAAAAUUAAGGGCUCUCCUUCGAAAGAAAGCUGCGGAAGAACUGAAGAAAGAGCAGGAGAGGAAAGCCGAGGCUAGGAAAAAGGUCAUCGCCGAACGAUGUGGCCAACCCCGUAACAUCGACGGCGCUAACGAAGCAUCACUCCAGACGAGCCUCAAAGAGUACCACAAGAGAAUCACGGAACUCGAAAGCCAAAAGUACGAUCUUGAGUACGAGGUCCGCCAAAAAGAUUUCCUUAUCAACGAACUGACGAUCCAGGUUAACGACCUCCGGGGCAAAUUCGUCAAACCUUCCCUGAAGAAAGUGUCCAAAUUCGACAAGAUGAAGAUCAAAAAUGUUAAGACCGACAUCGAUUUUCGUUCGAAUUUGAAGAGCGUCAAAAAGGACUUCAAGCUAGAUGUCGAAGGCAAGGAGCCCGUCGAGAAGCCCGAGUGGGCUUUGGGCGCUAAGAAGGAAGGAGCCGCUGAGGAAGAAGAAUAGAAGUCGUACGGUGCUGCUCGAAACGACCGACUUUUCAGAACUACCAACAUCUUUUCUAUGGUCGUCAAUCGCAAAUCCGAAAUCCAGCCGACACAUAAUCGAAGAUCACUACGAUUGUGCCAAAGACUGGGCAUUUUCGAACGAGCUAAAAUAAUGCACAAAAAUAGUCACUUUUAUAUUAAACGAACGUGUAAAGAGAAAGCAAUAACAAUUGAUUGAUUUGUCGAGCGUCUGGUCAGGUGCAAUCCAUACCUAACAUUAUUUUUAUAGACAGCUACCUACAAAUGCAUUAUGUUUGUGUAGAUUGUUUGAUAGGCUGUUUCGGAUAGUAGUAAUGAAACGAGCAAAUCAAGCACUUCAGUUGAUAGAACCAAGGAACGUGACUUCUGGCUGUGCCGCACCAAAGCUUUGCUUUGAUUGAUGGCCCCCAUAAUAAAAGAAAUGAUGUCACCAAAUCGUUAUACAUUAUAUAAAAUAUUGCUGAAUGUAAAAAACAAAUAUGGUGUUCGGAAAAAACAAUCGUCUGCUAUUAAGGUCAACAUAAAAUUUGCGAAAAUUGGCGCACUAAUUACUAUACGUUACCGCUAAAUAAAUCAACAAUAAUGUAAUAUAUCAA